AUGGUAACCCUCUCUGAGUUGGUCGAAGCAUUACGACAGAUAUUCGCUGAUGGCGUGGUGAAUGUGGCUGAGGUGAUGGCCCUCUUGGAGUCAUAUAAAAGUAAUCCAGAUGAAUGGAAGCAAUACGCCAUCUUCGACGAGCACAAGUACACGCGCAAUCUCGUCGACAUCGGCAAUGGCAAAUACAAUUUAAUGCUUCUUUGUUGGGGUCCCGGCAUGGGAAGUAGUAUUCAUGAUCACACUGAUGCACAUUGUUUUGUGAAGAUUCUUGAUGGUGCACUGCUUGAGACGAAAUACGAGUGGCCUGAAUCCGACGACCUCGAAGCUCCACUGAGAAAGUUAGAACAGAAUCGCUACGAUGAAAAUGGCGUAUCGUAUAUGAGCGAUAAACUCGGUCUUCAUCGUAUGGAGAAUCCAAGCCAUUCUGAUUCUGCCGUCUCACUACAUCUUUAUGUUCCACCUUACGAAGCUUGCAAUGUCUUCGAUGAAGUAAGCACAAGGAAUAUCACGCGGAUCUGA